AUGGAUCAACUCGAACAAAAUGAAGUUGCGCUACAAGAAGAGGUGUCCCAUGUAAUGUCCCAAAUGGGGCAGUUGAUGGAGACAAUUCAAGCAGUUGCACGAGGUCAGGAAAUUAUGGCCAAAAUGCAAGAGGAAAUGAAUCAACAUACUCACACUGUCAACCCUCCUCCUAAUCCUCUAGUGGUAGAUAAUCCAUUGCCUCCUCCUCAAAGCAACCCUCCAUAUCAUAUUCCAAUAGGUUCACCCGACGGUGUCCCUCCGGCUACUAUCAAUCUUCCCGUUAUUGAGAUACAUGACCAACAAGAUGCUUUCUUCAUCCCUAGGGCUGCCUCCAUGUAUGAAGCUUUUGGCCCUCGUACCAACGAGGUGGAGAAGAAAGUCAAAGCCAUCAAAGAGAAGCUGAGAGCGAUGGAAAGUACUAACACUCUAGGUCUCGAUGCUGCCGAAAUGUGCUUAGUUCCUGGCGUGGUCAUUCCCUCUAAAUUCAAGGUCCCUGAUUUUGAAAAAUAUAAAGGAGCUAGCGAUCCAAGAACUCACAUUCAAGCUUAUUGUCGCAAGAUGACCGCCUAUUUUGACGAUGAUCGACUCCUUAUGAACUUCUUUCAAGAUUCGUUGAGUGAAGCAUCAUUGGAUUGGUACAUGCAACUAGAAGGUACCCACAUCUGCACAUGGAGAGAAAUGGCUAAAGCGUUCCUCAAGCAUUAUCAGUACAAUACUUAUAUGGCGCCAAAUUGCAUGCAGUUGCAAAAUUUGAUGCAAACGUCUGAGGACACCUACAAGGAAUAUGCUCAAAGGUGGAGAGAGCUAGCGACUAGAGUAUAA